ACUCACCACUGUCACGUCCAUUUUUGUUGGAAUCUUUCCGGAAAAAUGGAAUCUGGCAAUGUAUCCCAAGGAAAUGUUGGGAGAAAAGUGUUUAUUAGCAUAUUUGGCAGUCCCCAAAUUAGCUUCAAAGCCUGUUUCCCAAUCGAGGUCAUUUUGCAAAAACUUGUUUUUGCUGUAAAUGAGAAGAGCCUUGGUUGGGAGCUGGUACCCGUGCCUGGUUCUGCCUCCAAGAGGCUGUGAGCUCCAAGUCACUUAGCUUCUGGGGGCUCAGUCCGUGAUGGAACAAGAUAAAACAUGCGUGUGCGUGUGUGGGGCGAUGCUACGCUAUGGCACAGGCGCUCAGGGCUGAGCUUGGCACCUCUGUCCACUGUCCAGGUGUUACUUACUGUGGCUGCUGAAUAUUGAAGGAUGUUUGUUCCAAGAUCCCUGAAAAUCAAGCGGAACGCUAGUGAUGAUGGUAGAAGUUGUGUGGCCAAGAAAAUCAAGCCAGAAGGUGAAAAUCCUGGGCUGGACGCUGGUGGGUUUGGUCCAGCUGUCACCUCAGACCCCAGAGAACCUGCACCAGCAGCGCAUCCCCAUCCAGCUGGCCCGGUGGCCGAGGGGGUUCUGGCUGGACCCAAGCAGGAGGCACAGGACAAUCUCCCGGAGGAACCUGUGAAGUCCUUUUCCAAAACCCAGCGCUGGGCAGAGCCCGGGGAGCCGGUGUGCGUGGUGUGCGGGCGGUUUGGAGAAUACAUCUGUGAUGAGACGGAUGAAGAUGUGUGUAGCCUGGAGUGUAAAGCAAAACACCUUCUGCAGGUUAGGGCAGCUGAGGAGCAGAGAGAGCCACCCCAGGAAGGGAGUUCUGAGCCGGGGGCUCCACGCCCUGCUUCCUACGUCUACACCGAGCACGCCUUCAUCUCGAACCUCCGGGAGGACCAGAUUGCAAACCUUAGAGGGCAGCUGGGAAUCGUGGUGGAAGGGCGAGGUGUCCCCAGGCCCAUCAUUGACUUUGGGCAUUGCGGCUUCCCUGAGACCUUAAACUUCAACUUGAAGACCGCAGGCUACGAAGUUCCCACGCCCAUCCAGAUGCAGAUGAUCCCCGUGGGGCUUCUGGGCAGGGACCUCCUGGCCAGCGCUGACACCGGCUCAGGAAAGACGGCCGCCUUCCUGCUUCCGGUUAUCACGCGAGCUCUGGUUCAGAGCAAAGCGCCAUCUGCGCUCAUCCUCACGCCCACGAGGGAGCUGGCCAUCCAGAUAGAGCGCCAGGCCAAGGAGCUGAUGGGCGGUCUGCCCCGCAUGAGGACUGCGCUCCUGGUGGGGGGCCUGCCCGCCCCCCCGCAGCUCCAUCGCCUGCGCCAGCGGGUCCAGGUAAUCAUAGCAACUCCUGGGCGACUUCUGGAUAUAAUGAAGCAGAGCUCUGUGGAUCUGGGCAAUAUCAAAAUUGUAGUAGUGGAUGAAGCUGACACCAUGUUAAAGAUGGGCUUUCAGCAGCAAGUGCAUGACGUCUUGGAGAACGUGCCUCAGGAUUGCCAGACCAUUUUGGUGUCAGCCACGAUUCCAACCCGCAUAGAACAGUUGGCGAGCCGGCUCCUGCACGACCCCGUGAGGGUCCUUGCCGGGGAGAAGAACCUGCCCUGCCCCAGCGUGCGCCAGAUCGUUUUGUGGGUGGAAGAACCAGCCAAAAAGAAAAAGUUAUUUGAAAUCUUGAAUGAUAAGAAGCUCUUUAAGCCUCCAGUGUUAGUAUUUGUGGACUGCAAACUAGGAGCAGAUCUGUUGAGCGAGGCAGUUGAGAAGAUCACGGGUCUAAAAAGCACAUCUAUGCACUCAGAGAAGUCCCAGAUAGAAAGGAAAACCAUCCUGGAGGGGUUACUUGAAGGUGACUAUGACGUCGUCGUGAGCACGGGGGUCCUGGGAAGAGGCCUGGACUUGGUCAGUGUCAAGCUCGUUGUCAAUUUUGACAUGCCUUCGAGUAUGGAUGAGUACGUGCACCAGGUUGGAAGAGUGGGCAGAUUAGGUCAAAAUGGAACAGCGAUUACAUUCAUCAAUAACAACUCCAAGAGACUCUUCUGGGAUAUUGCAAAACGGGUGAAACCCACCGGAUCCCUUCUUCCGCCUCAGUUGUUAAAUUCCCCCUACCUGCAUGAGCAGAAGAGAAAGGAGCAGCAGAAAGAUAAACAGAUGCAGAAUGACCUGGUUACAGGGGCUAAUCUUAUGGACAUCAUUAGAAAGCAUGAUAAAAGUAAUUCUCAAAAAUGACUUGUGAUACCACUUUGCCUAAUUUGUACUGUGCACCAUCAGUGAAAUUUCUGUAUAUUAUUACCAUUUGGUUUGAGUCAAUGAGACCAUGUACAGGAAACAAAAAGUUAACAUGAUGUAAACAAUUUUAAUAGACUGUCACAUUUAUACAGCAGUCUUGUAUUUAUUUUCCUUUUUAAUUUUCGUAAAGACAUCAGAAAAUGAACUACUAAAUAAAAUAAAAAUUCUUUUCUCUGG